AUGAAAACAUGCAAAUCGGACAACAUUGACAGCUUUGGUCUGGGAAGCCUUUAUACCUUCUGUAAGGCAGAUUGCCGAUCAAAGUUGGGCCUGCAGAACACGGACUUUUUGAAAGUUUCUCAUAGGAAUGCGUUUAAUGCGUACUAG